AUGCGUCUCUUUCAGACAAAUUUAGCAGUACGACGUCGCAAAGAGAAAAACAAUUCACUGAAAGACAAUACUGCGUAUAUAUUUAUGCCAGGUGCUGAAGAAAUCAAUCUUGCUCCAAUGAAUCCAUCGGUCAGUCCAAAUCAUUUGGUCCCAGUAACUCAUGCAGGAUGGAGUCGACGAGCAAAAGUACUCCUGGGUCUCGUCGGUGUAUUUGUCACGAUCACUAUACUACUUCAACAACAACUACCAGCACCACGUCUACCACAACUACUGCGACGACCACAACUGCAACUACAUCCACAUCCACCUCAAGUACCAGCAGUACGUCAACAACAUCGACGUCCAGCACAAGCACUACUAGUACUUCCACCACGUCGACAUCAUCAACUUCAUCAACAUCCACAUCCAGCACCAGCACCACCAGCACUUCAACGAGCUCCACCAGCUCAACAUCGUCGACGUCCACAUCCAGCACAAGCACUAGUACUACCUCGACAACUUCGACAACGUCAACUACUUCAACUUCUACGUCGACCACCAGCACUAGUACUACCUCGACAACUUCGACAACUUCGACUACUUCAACUUCUACGUCGACCACCAGCACUAGUACCACCUCAACAACGGCAACGACGUCGACCUCCAGCACCAGCACUAGUUCGACAUCAACUAGCACAAGUUCUACUUCAACCACGUCCACCUCUUCGACCAGUUCAACAACUUCAACCACAACUACGAGCACUACAUCAACUGCGACCACGUCGACCUCCAGCACCAGCACCAGUUCGACAUCAACUAGCACAAGUUCUACUUCAACCACGUCCACCUCUUCGACCAGUUCGACAACUUCAACCACAACUACGAGCACUACAUCAACUGCAACCACGUCAACAUCCAGUACAAGUACUAGCUCGACGUCCACCAGUUCAAGCUCUACCUCAACCACGUCCACUUCAUCAUCCAGCUCCUCCAGUUCUACGUCAAGUACCAGCUCGACAUCGACUUCAUCAACUUCAACUUCGUCGACAUCAACAUCCACCAGUUCGACUUCUACGUCGAGCACUAGCAGUAGCACUAGUUCGACAUCGACUUCAUCAACUUCAACUUCGUCGACGUCAACAUCCACCAGUUCGACUUCUACGUCAAGCACCAGCAGUAGCACUAGUUCGACAUCGACUUCAUCAACUUCAACUUCGUCAACAUCGACGUCCAGUACAAGUACCAGCUCGUCAUCAAGCACAUCAAGCUCUACCUCAACCACAUCCACUUCCACAUCCAGCUCGUCCACUUCCACAUCAACUACAAGUUCGACAUCAACUUCGUCAACAUCAACGUCCAGCACAAGUACCACAUCAACAUCGACCAGCUCGACUUCUACGUCGAGCACGAGCAGUAGCACCAGCUCCACGUCAACUAGUUCCACUUCGACAACGUCCACAUCCACAUCAUCAUCGUCCACUUCGUCAACGUCGACGUCAUCAACCUCAUCGUCAACAUCGAGCACAAGUACUACGACAACCACAACCAUUGUUUUGCCAACGCAAUUGGAUGUUUUACCGGACACGGCCCAGCCCUUGUGGAAUACAUUCAUGGGAGGAGUCAGUACGUUGGCAACGCAAGGUUCAUCUGCUGGUACUUAUCCUUCGACCAACCCAUUAUGGCAAUUCUACCAGCAAUGAUACUGUCGCUGGUGUCCAUACCGGCUUCUAUGUCACUGUAUCACAAUGUCAACCUGUACUCAUCGGAUUUCGGUUUGCCUGUGCUAACGACACUACACAGAGCGAUCCGCUGACUAUCACCAUUGAAGGAACUAGUUGUGAUACUCUUUCGUCUUGUGCUAACUGGACAUCACUAUAUAAUGGAUCAUCGGGUCUCGAUUUGCGAGCUGCAAGUGCAACGUACGGGGAAUAUCAACCGGUCUCCAACACGGCUAUUUACAGUAGCUACCGCUUUUUGAUAACAAGUAAGCGAGGUGCAAGUAAUCUUGUUAGUUACAGUGAAGUUCAACUAUUUGGAUAUACAAAUUACACAGGAACUGCAGCAAAUGGAUCAGCAAAUUCAUCGGUGCUGCUAACGCUCAAACCAGGAUCAUUAGAACCUCUGUGGGGAACAGAAAUAGGUGGAACGAGCUCGCUUGCUACAGAAGCUGCAUCGGGUAUUGGAACAUACGUAACGGGUCAGGGAGCUGAUAAAUUAUUCGAUAAAAACUUCAAUACCAGCUAUUCAAGCCGGGGUGGUUACAAUGAUACAGGAUCAGACAGCGAUGCUGGUUUGAACACAGGUUUCUUUUUUACUAUUACUCGCUGUCAGACGACGCUGAGCAAAUUUCGAUUUGCUCCCGGUGUGAUAGCUAGCGCCGAUCCGUCGUACGUUAUAGUAGAAGGAACUGAUUGUGUCAGUGCAUUGAAUUGCAGUAGUUGGACACCUCUCUAUUCUGGUACGGCAGGUGUAGCAAGCAUUUCAAAUCGUUCUUCGUUUGGUAAUUUUGUAUAUAUCUCGUCACCGAAGGCACUUCCUGGUUAUCGCUUUACCGUUGUUACCAAGAGAGCAAGCAGUCCUUACGUUUCAUAUAGUGAAGUUGAACUCUACGGUUAUUAA